UGAUGAUUGAGAGGGGAUAACAGGAGAGAGAAGAGUAGAGCAUUGGCACCUCGCAGUUCACACUCGGGCGCCGAGAGACUAGUACUAGUUGCCAAGUCAUCAUAGCAUAUACACAUAGACAUUGCACAUGCUCUAUUUCCUCCCCUUGUGUCGACCCCUCCGUCACCAGCUCUCAUAACUCGUCGAAGAGCCUGCGUUCCCGAAUCCGCGAUCCAUUCCAGCGCCAAGCUAGGCGAUCAGAGGGGGGGGACCUGACAGGAGGCAGGGAGGAGAUCACGAACGAUCGUGGCCAUGGCAGAGGAAUGCAAAACCCAAACCUCACGACUCGUGCGCGCUAACCAGCUCGACGUCGAUGUGGAAGCUUCGCCGCCAACACUGAACAUGGACAAGAAGGGCCGAGCAGCGCCACCGCCGUCGCCGCCGUCAAGGACCCUGGCUCCGGCUGAGGAAGGCGCCACCAUUGAGACAGGGGAAACAACAAAAGCCAAUGAGAACUUGGAGUUUGGGAGCGUCAUUGCUGGCUUUGGUUUAAUCAUGAUAGUGGCUUGGUACUUUCUCCCACCAGGAGACAGAGGACCACAUAAUCUACGGUACAUCAUUCCGUUGCUGCUUGGCCUCACAUGCCUCGUCAGUGGUGUUUGCCUGAUGCUGCUCAGCAUGAACCUGCUGGAGCUCCCACAACACCUUGUCUCCGAGAGCCAGCUCAUUGUCUCCAAAUACCUUCCCUGGUUAUGCAGCGCAUUGCCUGUGAUAACAUUGAUCAGCCCCUUCCUGCUCUCUGGGUAUAAGCUAUACAAGUACAUUGUCGUUGCCCUUCUUUUCGUGGUAACGGCUCCACUUGUUGUAGUACGGUGGUAUGUGGGACUCAAAGCCGAGGGCGGUGACGAGGAGGCAGCACUCAAGGAGCACAAGGAAGAGUUGGAGGCUGCCUUUAAGUUGGUGUCAGCCAUCAGCAACUCUGCUUUCGCAGGCGUGGUUGCCCUGAUGGUCAAUUACAAUGUAACUGGUGGUUCAGGGAAGACCAAAAGUGUUGUUCUUGUAGCCAUCUUCUUAGUGUUCACUAUUUUGAUCUGGGGUCUGCUCUACAUCCAGAUCGGUCACAAGGUACUAGAGAUCAACAAUCCAAAGCUCAGAGGGUUUAUCAUCAAAUGCAUGUGGCUAGCGAUUAUCUUCAAUCAUUCGCUGCUAGCCUGUGCAGUUCUAGCAGUGGCUUUCGAUAUAGUUGAGUUCUUGGUCUUUGCAGCAUUCGCCCCGUGGGUUUUUGCGGCGGCUGUCCACAUUUUCAAGGAGCACUGUGUUGGCCGUACAGCAGCCCAGGACAGCAACCCCAGUGAGUACCAAAAGGCACGCCUCAAGUGGAAGGCAGAGAUGGGGCACAAGAUCACAAUGUGGUCUUUUACGGCAAUCAUCGCCAUCUUUGGAGGGUUCCUUCAUGGGAAGGCUGAAUCUCUCAAGGCCUGCACCAUAUUAUUCACCUCAGCUUUUAUGUCCGGCUUUGCUCUCACGGUGGCUACCAUCAAGCCAGACUCGACCAGUGUCCGCCUCGCUGCAGCUACCACCGUACUCGAUUGGACUGCGAAGGCAACAUUUGCUGCCGCAAUAUUUGCUAUUAUCAUUGUAGUGGUCCUGGAUAUAUUUUGAAGCCUUGCUGCUCCUGCAGUAUCAACCUUCUUCGACAACGCACUCUGCACUCUGCACUCUCUGCAUGCCAUGCAUGUCCUUGCACCGGAAUAAAAGAAAGGUGAAUGCUUGAAGUCACAUGGUAAGUCAAGAAUCACCAAAAUUGUCUAGUUGUAAUCUGGAAAGAAUCAAUGAAUAUGGGAUCGGCUUCUGCGGGUCGAUGCAUGAUUAUAUAUGUUUCCAAGCACAAACUUGGGAUCUAGACCUCUUAUAUAAUUAGAAGAAAAAGGUUUAUUUGCAGAGAAGAGCAAAUGGGCACCCAUCAUCAACUGCCUGCUAUGAGCUGAGAUGAUACUAGAGUGGCCUGCUGCUAUGUGGAAACUGUAAUGCAAAACCUCUGGGUUCUCAGGCUGACAACUUGAGAUUUUCUUUCCUAAGUAUAUACUGUAAGAAAAUGAAUUAAGAAAACGGUAGAUAAAUUUUGCUGCUAUGUAUGGUGGCAGAUUUUGUGGUA